UCCACACCCGACGUGGAGCGCCUGCUGGUGAGGUACAGAAAUCUGGGGACUAAGGACAAAGUCAACCUAAUCACCACCCACCUACGCAAUGUAAAAGAUGUUGACGUGAGUAUGAUAUACAGUUUUGUGAGGGAAAAGCAGCCCGUGAGGGGAGUCACCCCAAAGGAGCAGCUCACACAGCACAAGAAGCUCACACAGCACAAACAGGAUGAAGAAAAAAGGAAAAGAAUGCUAAAAAUACUUAAGAUACAAAAGCCAGCAUUCAUGCAACAAAGAAGUAGUAAAAAAACUUCGCGCAAUAAUUUGUCCUUCAAAAACGAUUAUAACAGUAACGAGUAUGUGGACUGCUUGGAAAAGGAGCAACAGUUGAAGGGGGCAGAGCAGUACACACUGAUUGAGGAUCUAUACAAGGCAUACAUCUACAGCAGAGCCUUCACUACCUUGUCCAACCAAUACAGGACCAGACAUACCAUAUCGAAUGACUUCCUUCACGUGAUGAUUAGCGCGAUUAGGAGUUCCAUCCUGGAGAGAGUGAACCCUACGCUAGUGAACGAAUUUGCUCAUUUCAAAAAUCCAUAUAUGCUUAUGAAGCGUGCCCUGGAAAACUUCAUCCUUCAUGGACAUGUAAAAAACCCUUAUGAGGAGUCGCUCAUUUGUGAGCAUCUGAAGCGGAAGACUUACUUGAACGUUUUAAAAUUGGACAGUGCCGAGGUGCCCCUGGAGGUAUAUGAGCCUUUAGCUUCCUUUCGAGGGGAUGUAAAUUACAACUACGAUAUGAGGGAGAAGUUCGCCAGUAUUGUACGCACUCAGUUAGACAUACUUGACGUGGUUGCGGGGGGAGUCACUGACACGAUGAGUAACACCACGGGUGAUGACACUACACGUAGCGAAUCCACUUCCGCCCAGCUGAACGCCGUGCUACGAAUCCUACCGGAGAACGCGCGCGAGCCAUUCCAAAAUUACCCCUUCGAUAACCUAAAGGCGUUGAAGACCCAAAUGAGAAAAAAGUACGUGGGGGGUAUCAAAAACAGCAAGCCGAUUAACGUGGAAGACGAAGAACUGAGCCAUGUGAGGUACCCAAACCUACAAUCCGUUGCGCAUUCAUUACCAACGGAUUCAAAAUAUAGGGCCAAUGUCAUACACGCAAUUAGGGUUUUGGAGCGAUCCAAGCAUUGGGAUCACGCCAGUAAAAUUAAAGCUAUCAACACCCUAGUGGACGUUUGGAAUGAUAUGCACUCCAGUGAUCACUAUGAGGAUUUAAUGGAUAAAUACCUCCCCGUUAUUUACACGAAGGAUAUGCUGCGCAAAACGAGGACUCGGCAGGACACAUACAACCGCGGCCUUGUCUACGUGCAGUCCCUCACCACGCAGAAGCCGCUGGGCGCGCGCCAGAAAAAGGGGUGA